AUGAGCGCACUUCUUGUCGCCCUGAGACUGACCUGCUGCUGCUGCUGGCUGGCUUUCAUCGUCUUCCUGAUUCGCCCAUCCUGCGGCCUGCCGGAUCAGGAGCAGGUCCAUCGUCGCGACCUUGGCUCAAAUGACGCAUCUUCCCUCUUAUCAGGCAACUUCGGAGAUGUCGAGGUCUAUGACGACGACGACCUCCUCCCCGACGAGUUGGAUGAGGACCUCGAAGGAAACUUUACGUCAGCAAACGGCCAAUAUUUGGGUUCAAAAUGUAACCUCUCCUGCAAUCCACUAUUGCAACACGUUUUCUGCGACUCCGUCACUGGAAAGUGUGAGUGCGAGAAACUUUACCCUGUGCGCCUGGGGCCUACCAAGGGAUGUGCUAAACCGAAAAAACUCGGUGAACAGUGCUACUAUCGGGCCACCUGUCUGUUCACGGAUCAGCACUCAACGUGCGCACAAAUCAAACACAACGCAGUCUGUGACUGCGAGGAUGGUUACCAUCGGGUUACCUUGUCGAGACCUAACAAGAAAGUCUUCUGUGCUGAAGAUUUGGUGCUGAUAAAGACGGAUAUCCCGACACUUCUCGGUAUUGCGUCAGGCCUCGCCGUAUUGACAGGUUUAAUAUGCUUCGUAUUGAAGCUAUUCAGCUCGGCACGGUAUACAAGACCAAGACAUUUCGCCAAUGCGAAUCAUGCACCUCCAAUGCUCUUUUCCAGUGAUAUAGGUAUCCCACUGGCACUUCACGGUGGACGACCUUCUUCUCGCUCCAGUCAAAGAAGCAGCGGUGGGACCUUGAACUUCACUAGAAGACCGAGCAGCGCCGGAAGUCGAGGUCCUCUGGUUCCGGCAUCGAGAGCAGGUGCGGCCCGAGCCGCCGCCAUCUUGCUUAUUUCGUGUCACCGGCAGUCCAUCAAAGGCGGAAACAAGCACCAACGUGCCCUUAGUGACGUAGCUGAGGGAUCGUCUGACGGCCUCGGUUCUCGUCGCCCUAGCUUGGCCUCAGUGCAUAGUACGACCUCAUCAGCAAGGAGUUUCAGUGCUCGAAGACUGGAACGUGAGAGGAAUGAAAAAGAACAAAGACAGGCUCUUCAGGAGCUUAGGUUAACCAAGCAAAGGGAUCAGCAACAGCCACAACAGCAACAGAUUGCUCCGACGCCUAGUCCCAGGACUCCUCACUCCACUGACGAACUACUGCCAGCAGUCGAAGAAGGGAAGGAGCUAUUUUAUAAUGAGAACUGUCAAUGUGCGCAGCAAGUACCAACGACUUCCGGUACUUCGGGGAUGGCCAGCACAACAACGAGAGUUGCGGCGACGAAAGAAGUCACACCUGCCACAAUUACGCCGCUGUUCGAUAAAGACACACCUUCCACAACAACCGACAUCUUUAAAUCAUCAUAGCCUAUCGAUAACAGCGAAUCAAAGAUUUUCAUGUA